AUGCCCACGACAAAGAAAAAGGUGAUGUUUCUGUCGAGCUUCUUCCUGAGCUUAGUAUCUUUAAUUCUGAUCUGCUACAUCCUCGCGGCCCAGGGCUGGGUCACCAGCUCCGUCACUGUCAACGACAACUUCUUGAGUGGCAAGGUCGUGGUCUCUUACGGGCUCUUCCGCGGUCACACCAACGUGCAGCUCAACGAAGGGAUCGGAGAAAACAACAAAAAUUUUGACGUCCUACCGAAGCUGAAGAUGUCCACCUCCAAAGUGCUGCUCCUGCUGGCCGUCCUGGGCCUGGCCGUCAGCCUGGCCGCGUCGCUGCUGAGCUCCAGCUUCACCCUCUACAACAGCGUCAGCAACCCCUACCAGACGUUCCUGGGGCCCGUGGGCGUGUACACCUGGAGCGGACUCGGCGCCGCCUCCGCGCUGCUGGCCAUGAUCCUGUUCGCGGCGAGCACACUGAGCGAGCUCUCCGAGCAGCUGGUGGAGGCCCUCUACGCCUCCUACCCGGCCUCCACGCACCGGGGCACCACGCACAGCUACGGGGCGCCCUUCUGGCUCCUGUUGCUCAUCAUGGGCCUGGACGUGGGCGCGGUGGUCAUCAUCGUCUUCUACCAGAAGGCCCGAUACCAGCAGGAGCAGGAGCAGAGGAAGCCCAUGGAGUCCGCCCCCAGGGACGGGAUUCUGUUCUGA